AUGUUGGGUGUAGUGAAUCGCCGGUCACUAACGGCAGUUGUUCGUUCUCUUUGUUACAGUACAUCAUCGUCGGCCAAUUUCGGUAGUCGCUUGCGAAUCCCGGAAGUCAACGCAGUAGCUACAGCACGACCCCAGCUCGACUGCGAUCGUUCACGGAUUUUGCUUCCUACGGCCAUAUCGCCAAGUUUCAGUCGAUUUUAUUCGACUCCCUUCAAUAAGGAAAGCAUUGUGGACGAAUUUGACAUGGCUCCGAGAUUCGAGCGAGAAGACUACAAGAAGGAACCGUACCACGGUGUGAAGCGCACCGGCACGGAAUUCAAACGAGGUUCCGGCUCGCGCAGUGGUGGAAGUGGUGGUUACGGUGGUAGUAGCGGUGCCAACGGCUCCGGUGGUGGGUACGGUGGAGGAGGUAGCCGUUUUGGCGGCGGAGGUGGCGGCAAUGGAGGGCGUCGUGACAAGUGGUCCGACGCCGGCGUCACGAUGCAGAAGAUCGACUGGAGCAAACUAACGUUGGCACCGUUCAAGAAGGACUUCUACCGCGAACACUCGGUCGUGCGUAAUCGCUCGCAGAAAGACGUCGAUCGGUUCCUAGCGAAGCACGACAUUACGCUCGUUGGCGACUGCCCGAAGCCUAUCACCGAGUUCGAUGAGGCCGACAUUCCCGACUACGUGAUGCGCGAGAUCGAGAAGCAGGGCUACAAGAGUCCGACACCGAUCCAGGCCCAGGGCUGGCCGAUUGCGCUAAGCGGUCUGAACAUGGUCGGCGUGGCGAAGACCGGUUCCGGCAAAACGCUCGGCUACAUGCUACCGGCCAUCGUGCACAUCAACCAUCAGAAGCCGGACCCGUCCGUCCGUGGGCCGCUUGUGCUUGUGCUGGCGCCGACCCGUGAACUCGCUCAGCAGAUCCAGCAGGUGGCGACGGAUUUUGGCUCCUCGUCGUACAUUCGCAACACGUGCCUGUUCGGUGGCUCCAGCAAGGGACCGCAGGCUUCGGACUUGCGCCGUGGCGUAGAGAUCGUCAUUGCCACGCCAGGCCGUUUGAUCGAUUUCCUCGAAUCCGGUACCACGACGCUCCAGCGCGUUACGUACCUGGUGCUGGACGAAGCUGAUCGCAUGUUGGACAUGGGCUUCGAACCGCAGAUCCGCAAGAUCCUCGAGCAAGUUCGACCGGAUCGACAGAUUCUCAUGUGGUCCGCCACUUGGCCAAAGGAGGUCCAACGAUUGGCCCGCGAUUUCCUCGGCGAUUACGUCCAGAUCAACGUUGGUUCAUUGGAGCUGUCGGCCAAUCACAACAUUACCCAACACGUGCGUGUCAUUGAGGAGACAGAGAAGAAUCAAGAACUCGGAAAGCUGCUGGAGGAACUAUACCGUGCCGGAAAUCCGGGCAAAAUUCUGAUCUUCACCACCACCAAGCGCCGGUGUGAUCAGAUAAGUAUGCAAAUCCGCCGCUAUGGCUACGAUGCGGUUGGAAUGCACGGUGACAAAUCACAGCAGGAGCGUGAACGUGCUCUGAAUCGCUUCCGCAACGCCCGCUCCUGCAUACUGGUGGCAACGGAUGUGGCCGCUCGUGGUCUCGAUGUCGACGGAAUCAAGGUGGUGAUCAACUACGAUUACCCGCAGCAGACGGAGGACUACGUCCAUCGUAUCGGCCGCACGGGGCGCUCCAAUGCCACCGGCGAAGCGUACACCUUCUUCACCUACAACGAGCGCAAGAUGGCGAAGGAGUUGGUCAGUAUCCUCGAAGAGGCACACCAGGUGGUUCCACCGGAGCUUGCCAAGUGGCGUCACAUGGGCGGCGGCGGUAACAAUCGCUUCAGUCGCUUCGGCACAUUCCGGGGUGGACGUGACUUUGGCUCUGGCGGACGCGGCGGUAGCCGCUUUGGUGGAGGCGGCGGUGGAGAUUACCGUAAUGGAGGUGGAUCGUCGUCGUCGUCGUUCGGUCUGAAGCGACAGUACGAUGGGGCCAGCAGUAGCCGGGGCGGAUACGGUGGUGGUGCUGGCAGCAGCAAUGGUUAUUCCAACAGCUACGGUGCAGCGGCGGCAAGUAGUAGUUCGAAUGGCUACGAUUCGCGGGGUACCAAACAUACCAGAUUCGAUGAAUAAGGAGGGUUCAACCGUUCAAAAUAUGAGGCAGUAGUAGACAAAAAAUCGACGUACGUACAUAAUAUACGUCGUACUUGCGAAGAUGGGGAUUUUUUUUUGACAGCUAACCACCGUAGCAGAUUUAUGCGGCCGGAAGGUUCGCAGAGAAUGCAUUCACACUUGCAACUGAAAGUGUUCUAUUAUCCCCGGGUGCGAGGUAUAUAGCCCAUUAAGAUAACUUUAUCCCUUUAUCCGAUUGUAACAUCUAUUUAUCCAUUUUGUCCCCUUUUAAUCUGAAUUAUAUCUCUCACUAAAACACCCACACACUUUAUCAUUAUACUCCCACCAACCAGUGGUUUCUUGCUAGUUCGUUUUAAGUAAUUUUUUUUAAACCUGAGUACCGAGUCGGACUGUAGUAAGAAUUUGUUAGUAUGAUUAUAAUUGUAACAGAAGGUAAAAUAUCAAUAGCUAGAUAGGACUACUGUGAGAAGAAUCCUCCUAGCCUCAGUGCGUAAUGUAACGGUUGACCGCAUCGGUAAUGGUAUGUGAAGAUCAAGGGGGAAAGGUAUUGCGAACGGAACCAUCAUCUCAUGCUUGUAUGACAGACGGCAUGUGUCUCACCGAAAUUUUCAAUCACUCCACAAGUGGUGUCGUAGUAUAUGUUGGUGGAAAAGAAAAACAGGAAAACAUCCCACUAUGCUGAGAAAAGUAGUAGAGUAACUCGGAAAAAGGAGCAAAACGAUCAUCCGCUCCUUCCAGCCCUAGUAGUAUUCCGUGGCGCUAUUUUUGUCCUAUCUCGUCCUAUUUGUUGUGUUAGCGUGCGAUCUAUGUAGGUCGCUUAGGAUUUAGUUAGUAUGGCACAACACUACCUAUUCUCUCUCAGGCAAGAAAAGUAGACCAUCAUGAAAAAAAAGUCGUGUGUGCGCGCGCCCCUCGGCGGCAGCAGCAGCAGCAGCAAGCAAGUGCGACGGCGGCUCAGUGCAGGAAUCAUUAUACCUUUAAAUAUUAUUCAAGCAACUUCUACCGGAGGAAAUGAGAAAGGAGAACGAGUAGAGCGGAAGAAGUAGUAGAUGGAAGUAGCUCUAGGCCAACAUGAAGCUGCAGCAUGUUUACUCUUUUAAUUUUUCUUAUUUUCUUAUAUUACUCUGUGAUAAAUGACACAAGUGUACGAGCACCACCCACUCACACACACUACGCGUACAAUGCCACAGCUUAUAAAAUUAAAAUAUUACACACCACCCCCAUCCCCUGGGGCAAUGGAGAAUAUGGCGAGACGAUGAUUACAUGUGUCCGGCCCCACGGUUUAUGAAUAGGAAAUGAAAUAUAUUUUGUUUCUUUACCAUCUGUAAUAAACCUGUUACUUCUCCCCCGACUCCGGAUGAUGAAGAUAUAAUACAAAAACAAUCAACAUCCCACGCUUAUUUAUCGUACACGGAAUCUGUUUUUUCACCAGAAUGUGGUGUAGUAUUCCCCUCCCCAUUUCCUGAAAGAUAGAUGUGACCUUUUACAAACUUACCUAGGGAAAAUUCAUGUAGGCAAUAAUAGCUACGCGAAAAUCGGAGGGGCUUGUUCCACGUGUUAGCUACAACACGGGAUCAGGCUAACGAAUAGCCACCACCCAUCACCUCCUGGUAUUCCGAUAACAAAUGCACAUGUGCAAGAACUUGACUUGAAUAAGUUUUUAUUUAUGUCACAACCGGAGCUCUUCCACCAUCUGGGGGGAGAAGUGGUUCGAAAAUGUAAAAGAAAAUGAUGAAAAAAUAAAUAUUUUUAAUUUUAACACCUUA